AUGAUCAGCGAGUUUAUUAUAUUACUUCUACUUGUGUUUCUUCCUGUUUUUGUCUUCAAACGUCUUGGAAAUUUGCAUAUUACCUUCGAUUUAAAGAAAAAAUAUGAUGAAUUUGUAAGUUUAAGCUGAUAGAUCGCCUUUUAUUGUCAUACAUUUAUAAUUUUAUAUUUUCGAAAUUUUAUGAUCGUUUUGUGUUUAGAAAAGAGGAAAAAAUGGAAUAAAACUUGGACUUCUCACUUCCAACGCCUGGCCAAAUGAUCGUCAACUUCAAAUCAAAGUCGUCGCCUGUUUUGGCCUUAUGGUCUUUAGCAGGAUCAUGAACAUCUACAUUCCGCUAUGCGGAAGGUGGAUGGGUAAGCUUCUUUUCAAAUUUCAUUAUUCAAAGCUUAGUUUGGCGCCUCAGAUUUUACUAUUUAAAACUCGGCACAAUCCUAUGUCAAAAUUUAGUGAAGCAUUUGCGAUAUUUUGAGCUCGCGCAAUGUAGAAGCCAUCAAGAUUCUUAGGCUGUGAAUUGGGGAGAAUUAGUUAUUUUUUUGCCCUGUUGGUCAAAAAAGUUUUCGCCUCAUUUUUACCGUCAGGAGACGUUCAGAUUUUUGAUAGAAUUUGGCAAAAACUUAUAUCAAUUUUUGCUAAAACAUACAGUGGGGGACUUGUUCCAGUGGCAAAAACGCGCCCUUCAAAACAAAGUUUUUUCAAUUGAAGAGGGAAGCAUUUUGCCACAUUUUUGAUACUUCCCGGACCCUAAAUACUUCGUUUUUGCCGCCGAAUCAGGUCCCCUGCUGUAAGCGGGAUUUCAAACAAUGUAAUAAGCUCUGCAGAAACGCUAUCCCUUCACCUUAUUUUUUCAGUUGAUGAUUUGACCUCCCACAACAAGGGCUUUGUCUGGGACAUGAUCUCAAUGUCAUUUGGAUUCCUCUGUCUUCAAGGUGGCGUCUACAUCGACACAAUUAUCUCAACUCUAGAAACCCGGCUUCGAUCGUCCGUUAAAAAAGAAAUGAAAUUGAAAAUCAACUCGGAUAUUUACAACCGAACUCUUCAUUUGCCAUACUCGUACUACACCAAAAAAGGGAAUGAUUACGUCUUCAAUAUUAUGACCAAAGGUGUCGAGGCGGCUACGGAGUUCCCUGAGUACAUUGUGUUCGAAUUGAUCCCGGUCCUAGUGGAUCUGCUCGCCGCGUUUUACUUCUUUUCCGGCUCGAUUGACCCGGUUUUUGCGGGUGUUAUGUUGGUCAUCGCCACAAUCGACCUUGGUAAGUUAUUGAGGUUCAAGAAUGUGUGUAAUAAGUCUAAUAGCCUUUCUCACAACAGUCUUGAAUGAGUAUUCUUUCAGGAAUUAGUCGUUUCGCUGUUCACUGGACUUCACAAAGACUGGGUUACGGAUUGUCAUUCUUCCGUGAUGAGCUUUCCGUAAAAUCCAUGGGCGUUUAUUCGGCGGAGAAUUUCGAGAACAUCAAAUAUUUUGGAAACGAAGAAUACGAACUUCAAAUCCAUAAUCAAAUUGUUGAAAGGUAAGUGUCAUAAAAGCUUAAAAAAGUUUAAUUAAUAACAAUAUUUCCAGAGAGAUCGAACGAGACCGAGAUGACAAAAUCACAGGCGGCUCUUCCAGACUCAUCACUUCAUUGCUCAGAGACUGCAUUAAGCUGGUGGGCACCUUCUUCAUCGCCCUGCAACGAUCAUCCAACGACUCGAAGCUCUCGACUGGCGAUUAUUUGUUGUUUACCCAUUAUCUCCAAAAAUUUACUAAUCCCAUUGCAACCGUUCAAGGGGUUUCCGGACAAAUGAGGAGAUUCUUCUUAGACGUUGAGCCAUUAUAUCGGCUACACAAAGCUCCAACCGAAUUAGUCGAAGCUGCGGAUGAAAAUAACAAUGAGAUGGAAAUUUCCGGAGAUUUAAGGAUUGAGCAUGUGUCCUUCAGCUACCCAAAAAGUAACCUCGUUUUGGACGACGUCAGCUUCGAGGUUCCGGAAGGAAAGACAAUUGCUUUGGUGGGACCUUCGGGGAGUGGGAAAUCAACAUUGAUUCGAUUGAUGUUCAAACUUUUGGAGCCAAGUGAAGGUAAGCGAAUCGCGAGAGAGUAUGCAAAACGCGGAGAGCGGUCAGAGAGAAAAACAGUUUAUAUUUAUUUUAUUUCUCUCAAAUUUUAUAAAAAUCUGAGCGUUCACUUGUAGUAAAUACUUCCCACGUUAGAUAUGAUAUUAAAAGAUAUUGUUAGACUCAUAAAAAGCAGGCCAAAGUUUCAAGGAUACUUUUUGAUGUCUUUUUGAGUUGUCAGGGGUCAUUUGUUCUCCCUGUAAACCUGAAAGUUCUUUCAGCCUCUUCGAAGAUUGAUAUUAAAGUUUUUCCUUAAUUAAGUUAUAUUUUUAUUGACCAUCUACUAAUUUUCAGGCUCCAUCCUCCUCAACAACGUCAACAUCAACCAACUCGACGUCAAGAAGUAUCGCAGAGCAAUUAGCAUCGUUCCCCAGGACUGCACUCUUCUCUACACUUCAGUGAGGACCAAUAUUCAAUAUGGACGACUCUCGGCCGACGACGAAGCCGUCAACAAAGCCGCGAGUCUAGCGCAGAUCGGCAAGGUUCUCCGUCGAGAAGACAAAGAGGAAAAAAGAAGACUAGCGAAGAGAGGGCAAAAAGAAAAAGAGCAAACCGCUCAGCGAAAUAAAUGGCACUUCUUUUACGAUGACUAUGACGCCUAUAAUGAAAGUUAUGAUUUCCUUGACGAGGAGGAGGACGAGAGGAUGGCAAAAAUUCACAAGAUGAGCGGAGGGGAAAAACAAAGAGUUGCGAUCGCGAGAGCAAUCUUGAAAAACCCGAAAUAUCUGCUCUUGGAUGAGGUAUGUUUUUAUUUUUCAUUUUUUAGUGUUCCUCGUAAGCUCUUACAAUCGUUAUUUCAGGCCACAUCGUCACUCGAUUCGGUAACGGAACGCCAAAUUCAAAAAGCAUUGCUAGAGGUGGCCAAGGGCAAAACAUGCGUCAUCGUCGCCCAUCGACUUUCCACGAUUGCCCAUGCCGACAAUAUCAUCGUUUUAAAAAAUGGGAAAGUCGUGGAACAGGGAACGUAAGGAUUUUUAAUCCACUUUUUUAAAAUAUGUUGUUUCUAUGACUUUUAAAUCCAGUAAAAAGUACAUAAACAAAAAUGCUUUCAGCCACCAAAAUCUACUGGCUAAAGACGGGUUGUACGCGGAGAUGUGGAAUCUUCAACAAGGAAGCGAUCUCAAAUAA